AUGGCUUCUUUCGACACCGAUGUGGAUUUCAAUGAGAGUCGCGCCGCCGAGAUCAAUGCUGUGGGGUGGGUUUUCAUCGGCAUCGCCAUCGUCGCUGUCGCCUUAGGAUGGGAUGAUUUCUUCAUCUUCUUCUCAAUGGUGAGCACUGAGCCUCAUUGCUGCGGCGUUGUCUCGUACGCAGUGACCUUAGGGCUCGGCCGUCACACUGCUGCUGUUGUGGCUGACCAUGGCAUGGACCGGGUUAUCCUGACUGCCAAAUGGCAGAUAAUCGCAUUCCGCGCCUUCAGCUUCCCGAAUAUCUCCAUCGCCAUUCUCAUCACCCACCUCCUCGACCCCAACCCACUGCGCACCCGCUGUCUCUACGGCAUGGUAACGAUGCAGGUCGUCUUCGCCAUUAUAUCCGUGUUCAUCGUCUUCUUCCAGUGUCGCCCCACCCAGAAACUGUGGAAUAGUGCCCUGGACGGCCACUGCUGGGACGCGAGCGUGUUCGACGACUUCCAGUACUGGGUCAGCGCCUACACGACGGUUACGGAUGUCGUGCUGGCCGUGGUACCCAUCAGUGUGUUCUGGAAGCUGCAGAUGCGUUCCUCGACGAAGGUGGGCGUGUGCAUCAUGAUGGGGCUGACCCUUCUCUCGGCGGUCGUGACUCUUGUCAAGGCCGUAUACUUGCAUCUGUUCACUUAUCACAUCGAUCCCUUGUAUAACGUGGUACCGUUAGUAAUCUGGGAACUCAUCGAGCAGAAUGUUGUCAUCGUGGCAGCCUGCAUCCCGACUUUACGGCCCUUCUUCCGGCGAGCCUUUGGAUCGAAUACCACAAGCAGCUAUCCAUAUUCUGGGUCCACAUACAAGCUUUCAACCACGCCGAAGCCGACCGCUUCCAUGCGCCUUCAGUCGGAGUCGGAGUCGCAGUUGGCGCCGGACUAUCCCAGUGAGCAGGAAAGUAAGGGUGGCGGCUUCGAUCAUGAGAUUUGGCGGACGCAUCAGGUGCAUGUCUCGGUACAGCCGAAUCACACAGCACAUGACACUUGA